CUCUAAUGCUCAAGAGUAAACUGCCUCCUACCGUGGAAUGGUGCUUCAAGCAGCCUUGGUUCUAAUUUGCGUGUUCAUGCGCACUCAAUAUGAUUGAACCGAUCGGCCUCGUAGGCACUCUCAUCGCCAUCGUCCAGGUAUGUGGUAAGCUGGUGUCGGUGUGCUAUGAUUACCGCAUGGGCGUCCGAAAUGCCCCCAAAGAUAUCUCUCGAAUCCUGGACGAGGUCACCAGUGUCGGGAGCAUUGCACAGCAAUUAGUGAAGGCCGUUGAAUUGGACGAUGCCUCGUCUUUGCCGUCUUUACAGGCGAUGGAAGGGGAUAAUGGCACUCUCCGCAGGUGUUUGGUCGAAUUGCAGGACCUGAAAGCAAGCUUGAGAUUGGGGAAAGUCUCGAGUUUGAGGCGUGCUCUUGCGUGGCCGUUGCAACGUGCAGACGCGGAAACAAGAUUGCAAGUUCUUGCGACCAUCAAGAGCACGCUGCAAUUGGCACUGGCGGCUGACAAUAUUCAAAACAUGAUGGAGGUAUUAAGCCUCACCCGGUCGUUGCCGAGUGUGGAAAAGAAGAUUACUAGACUCUCGGAGAGUGUGACUCAAUCUGACGAGGAUCAUCAACUCGCUGAGCUUUUCAACCAGCUGGGUGGACGCAGUCAAUCAGCCAAGCAAGAGCAAGAGUACCAAAAAUGUGUUCCAGCUACUGGUGACUGGCUCUUGAACACAGCGCAGUACAUGGAAUGGAAGACCAGCCCCAACAAUUUAUUGUGGAUCAAGGGAGCUGAUGCAUCGGAAGAAAGAAAAGUCGACAUCAAUCGCGUGUAUGGAUCCUUCGCUAGGCAGCUGGUUCAUCAAGGGGCAACCAUUCCUCGCUAUUUCAUGAGAAGGAGGAGGAUGUAUAGCAGACUUUCCGACAAACAGCAGUCAGUUCCAUGGAAGCAGCUAGUGCAAAACCUCUUAAUGCAAUUCGAGCAUAGUUACAUUGUUCUCGAUGGUCUCGACGAAUGUGAAGAUUACCUCCAGGACGGAAUUCCCGGGAUUACGGAAUUCAUUAAGGAGACGAUGAAGCAGACACAAGAACAACGGCAUUUGAUUGUAACCGGCCGAAACUUGGAGCAGCUUCGAACUGCUUUCGAAGGCCUCAAGACCUCCACCAUUACAAUCGACGACUCCACGGUGAAUCUUGAUAUACAGACAGCACUGCGAUACCAGCUCUCGCAUCAGGCCAAAUUUGCCCGGUGGCCAAUAUCGUUAAAGAGGAAGAUUGAACAGUCUCUCUUGGCCCAAGCCAAUGGAUCAUUUCGUUGGAUGGACUGCCAGUUACAGACACUGCGACGGUGUGCGACACCACAGGCGGUGCAAAAAGCUCUCAACGAUCUACCAAAGUCAUUGGAGGAACACUACACCAUGAUACUCGACAAAAUAGAUGAAAGCAACCGCAUGUCCGUGAAGAGCCUCCUACGCUGGGUAGCCUUUGCUCUUCGGCCGCUAUCUCUUGAUGAGAUCACAAGCGCCAUAGCUAUCAAUGCCGAUAGUGAAGGCAUUCCUUUUUUUGACGAGGCCUUAGAGCUUCUCGAUCCAGAAGGCUUCAUUGAUUCCUGCUCCAGUCUUGUCUCGACUUACUGCGGUGGCGACGAAACGAGUGGCACCCAGGAUGUACAGCAGCUUGUCUCAUGCGGUCCUGGCUAA